ACGUCACCAAAAGAAAUGUUUUAAACUUUUAAUGGCGGAGAGAUGAGAUGGGUCAACUGAGCAGUAAAUUAAAAAUACUCCAUUUCUGUCUCGAGUAUCGAUCUCGAUCUCUCGAUCCUAUAUAACCAGCAGUGGCCUCCACAAGAUGCUCGACUGAUCUCUCUGUCUCAAGCCAUGGACGAAGACAUCCUUUUAUCUUCGGACACCGAUCUCGACUUCAGCUUCACCAGCUGCGCUUCCAAUACCUCCACGGAUCGCACCUUCACCUCUUCCAGCGCUCGCAGCAGUCUCAGCGUCAGCUUCAACGAAUCCCGCCUUUCUUCCUCCACUGGAGUAGGACGGCCCCACCGGAAAUCCGACCCCCAUUGGGCGGCAAUCAAAGCCGCCACCAACCUCUCCUCCGACGGGUCCCUGCACCUCAGCCAACUCAAGCUCGUCCGCCACAUCGGCAGCGGAAAUCUAGGACGCGUCUUUCUCUGCCGUCUCGAAGAUUAUGACGGAGCCAACUUCGCUCUCAAGGUCGUGGAUAAAGACGUUCUCACAGCUAAGAAGCUUUCCCACGUGCAGAUGGAAGCUCAAGUCCUUUCCAUGGUCGACCACCCUUUCCUGCCAACGCUCUACGCCCAUCUAGAGGAGUCACAUUACUCUUGUCUACUCAUCGACUAUUGCCCCGGUGGUGACCUCCAUUCGCUCCUCCGCAAGCAGCCGACACACCGCUUCCGGGUCGACUCGGUUCGUUUUUUCGCGGCGGAGGUGUUGGUGGCUCUGGAAUAUCUACACGCGCUUGGGGUGGUGUACCGGGAUCUGAAACCAGAGAACGUAUUGAUCAGGGAUGAUGGCCAUAUAAUGUUGUCGGACUUUGACUUGUGUUUCAGAGCCGAUGUGCUCCCCACCCUCGACAAACGCCACUUUCAUCCGGCGGGGGUAGAGUCAACAAAAAAGCAGCCUACCUGUUUUGGAACGGUUUCCCGACGGCGUAAAAUGACGGAGGUGGCAGAGUUCGUGGCGGAGCCGACGACGGCGUUCUCGAAAUCUUGCGUCGGCACGCACGAGUAUCUGGCGCCGGAGUUGUUGAGUGGCAACGGACAUGGCAACGGAGUGGACUGGUGGGCGUUUGGGGUGUUCAUUUACGAGCUGUUAUACGGACAAACGCCGUUUAAGGGAGGGAGUAAAGAAGCCACACUGCGCAACAUAGCGUCGACCAAGUCAUUUAGGUUUCGGGACUGUGGUAGGGCGGACGAGGAAGAGGAGGGAAUAUCGGAGGCUAGAGAUCUGAUACAGAGAUUGCUGGUGAAGGACCCGAGGAGGAGGCUAGGGUACGCCAAGGGUGCGACGGAGAUAAAACAGCACCCGUUCUUUAAAAGGAUAAAGUGGCCGUUGAUACGGAGCUACAGACCGCCGGAAGAGGUGCGUGGGCUGGUGAAGAAGAAGGUAACGCACGUGAGGAACGUGAACAUAGUUAGUUUGAGCUCAAGGAGAAGCCGAACACGGUGGUCGUGGAAGAACUUCCACCAUUUUAGUUUGUCAACCAAAAAUGGUGGCCACGAAUGGAUCUAAGUCCGGGGAAAAAAAAAAAAACGAAAAGAAAAGAUUUUCUACCAUUUUCUGGGGAUUAAAUUCAAUCAGAAACUGGUGUACAUGGUGUAAGUAGAAUUCGAAAACCAAAAGAAAAAGGAAAU